AUAUUUGAAGCAUCAUGCUUUUAAACAUUUGUAGAGUAAAUAUGGGCAUUAAUGGAGCGACAAUCGAUAUCUGUUCAACAAACGUGAAUCGGUAAGGUAACAGGUACAUAUAAAUAAUUGCGACAAACAUAGUGGGAUCGGUUCUCGCAGGUGACCGGCGGCACGAACCCGCUGCCACGCCGCCUUCCUUAUUGAAUUGAAUUGUUACCCAACGUUGGCUAGGUAGGUACAGUCACUACAACGUAUAGUGAGCCUUGUAGGUAUUUUAGAGCCGCAACCUUAUCGAUCUAAUAAAUAUCUACUAUCUAUUCUAGCGCUUCCUCCUCCAAAUUCAACAACUACAACAAUCUUACGCUAGGCCAAUAUACUAUAAUAUACCUUACUCUUAUAUUAUUACCCGAUUUUCCAAGUACCCAUAGGUACUUUAGUCUUGCAAUCAUGGCUCCCAGAAAGAUCAUUAUAGACACCGAUCCAGGCGCCGACGAUGUCAUGGCCAUACUAUUGGCUCUAGCUUCCUCGCCCGAAGAGCUAGAGGUGGUGCUAAUCUCGGUAACAUACGGUAAUGUAGCUUUGGAUAGCUGCCUUCGAAACGUGGUUGGCAUGUUCAAAGUCCUGUAUCACGAGAUGGAGUGGCGUAAGUCCCAAGGGAAACCACUAGGGUUCGAGGCUUUGCGAACGUAUAAACCGAUCGUGGCUGUCGGCCCCGAGCAUGCUCUAGAGGAAGAAUUCCUAAUGGCAGAUAAUUUCCAUGGUUCCGAUGGUUUGCAUGGCGUUCACGAAGCGCACCCUCAUUUAUCACCGGCCGACACCUGGAAAGCCCUGUUCAAGGAAGGGCUUCCAAACGGGGCCGAAGAACAGGAACACCCUUAUCUCCAGUACUUCAAGCCGUCGAAAACACCGGCCCACCGAGAGAUACUCCGAAUCUUGAGGGAGGAGCCAGCCGACACAAUCUCGAUCUGUGCCGUUGGUCCAUUGACAAACCUGGCAUUAGCCGCUUCGGAGGACCCCGAAACCUUCCUUAGAGUAAAGGAAGUGGCUGUAAUGGGUGGAGCUGUAGAAUGUGAGGGUAAUGUUACCCCGGUUGCCGAAUUCAACACCUAUGCCGAUGCGGUCGCUACUGCUCGUGUGUUUGCCUUGACGUCGCCAACACCAGCCUCAACCAUGCCUCCCGUGCCCAAGGAAAAGGGAACCCUGCCACCGUACCCAGAGAAGCUCUCUAAGCAACUGGACUUGAGGUUAUUUCCACUUGACAUAACCACGCCCCACCUCCUGAACAUGGGCUACUUCCUAGAGACGAUUGAGCCGCAGCUCUCGGCGGGCAGCCCCCUGGGUACAUGGGUCAACACUUUCAUGGGUGGCAUCUUCCGCCAAAUCGUCUCGAUGAUUGGUAACGAGGUGGAGCCAGGAUUGUCCCUCCACGACCCAUUGACCAUCUGGUACAUGCUCUCGCAAUCGGAUCCGGCCUGGAAGCUAGCCAAGGGUGCACCAGAGGACAUUCGAAUCGAGACUUCGGGACAAUGGACCCAUGGAAUGCAUGUCUCGGAUCGUCGUGGUCGAACCCGGCCCGAUGGUAUCACUACUUCUGAGGUUCCAGGAGACCAUGAUGGCUGGUUGAGCUUGAAGAGGGGCAACAGAAUAAAUAGACUAGUAAGCAGCCCAGGUGAAAUGGCGUUUGCGCCGUUGCUUAUGGAGCGUUUAUUCGGAUAAGGGGGUGUUUAAGAAGUAGAAGGAGAUGAUCACAUGUAUCAUAUAUAGAUGGUAGAUAUGAGGCGAAGAGGAGGACAAUAUAGGUGUCAGCAAGAAUGCAAACGUGGUAUCAUCAAGGCAAAAGCAUACCCUAUAUGAAGAAAGCCUUUGGGAUAUUUUCUCCCCUUUAUGCAAAUGCAAAUAAUAUCCCACCCACGCCCUCAAACGCCGUUUGUACCAACCCUCAAUUAAUUUUCUAGACCUAGCUGUCCAUUGGGAUCCCAGUCGUUUGUUUAUACGUGCUUUAUUCCUCCAAUUGCCGAACCCUUCACCUCUUGCCAGUUGAUGCUCUCGUCGAGCGGCUCGUCCACCAGGCCUACCACGCAAACGUUGUCGCCUCGCACAAGGUACAGGCCAAGUGGGACUUCCGUCGAGGGCUCCGGGUCAUCGGUUGUUCGAAUAACGCGUUCGACUGCCUGUGCCAGAACCUAGAUAGAUUGGUCAUCUGGUCGCAACUUAACAGGUUUCCCACCAAGGUUCGCGAGUCGGCCGUGAUUAUCAGCACCUUUUCUACGAGGCU